AUGUAUGCUAAAGUGUGCACAAGGCCUGAUUUGGGGUUUGUAGUUAGUGUUCGAGGGCAUUUUCAGUCUAAUACUAGGAAUUCUCACUGGGCUGCAGCAAAGAAAGUACUCAGGUACUUAAAAAGAACAAGAAAUGUUGCAGUGGUAUAUCAACUUGAGAAUUUGGAAAUGGUGGCUUAUUCUGAUUCAGACUUAGCUGGCUAUGUUGAUGAUAGAAAAUCUACAAGUGGAUAUGUUUUUCUUCUUGUUGAUGGUGCAGUCUCGUGGAAGAGUUCCAAGCAAAAAGUGAUUGCUUCCUCAACUAUAACGUUGAAUUUAUUGGUUGUUACACUGCAACCAAACAAGCAAUCUAGUUGGGAAAUUUUAUCAUGGGAUUGA